AUGAAUGACAAAGUAGACAAGCUAGUGAUCUUCCUGGCAAAAAGAGAUGGGAUUGACAAGCUUGUCAAAACCUUCCAAUAUGUAUCUAAACUCCUUGUUUGGCACCUCGAAACCACCAAUCCAAACGCAGCCCAUCGAGCCAAACAGUGUGAGGUGGCAUCAGGGUUGAGCCGGAAAGCCUUCAGAACUGGCCGGUUUCUCACGGGCUUCAACGCCCUUAGGAGAAACCCUGGCCCAACCCCGACUUACAGGGUUCUAUCGGUCUUUGCAAACGCAGGGGAAAUGGUCUAUUUUUUCUUUGACCAUUUCCUUUGGUUAUCAAGGACCGGAGUUCUGGAUGCAAAUCUGGCUCGAAGAAUGAGUUUUAUAUCAGCGUUUGGAGAAUCGCUUGGGUACGUGUUUUUUUGUGUUAUUGAAUUUAGUAUGAUCAAAGAAGGGAUUGAAGAAGAAAGAAGGAUUCGAAGGAGUUUAUUAGCAGAAUCAAAGGAAAAAGGUGAUGAAAUUAAGAAGAUUAAGGCUGAUAGAGUGAUGAGAUUAAUGGCUGUGGCUGCUAAUUUGGCUGAUUUGAUCAUUGGCUUAGCUGAUAUCGAGCCCAAUCCAUUUUGUAAUCAUGCUGUAACACUUGGGAUUAGUGGGCUGGUGUCUGCAUGGGCUGGAUGUUAUAUUAGCUUUGAUGGAACGGUAAUUAUCGAACCCAGUCAGAUGGCGGAAUCCGAAAUUCAAUCGCGAUAUGUGAAGUUAAACAAAGAUCAAGCGCCAGUCGAUAUCAAUCCCGGAGAACUCAAUCAGCCAAUUGAAGUUCCUCAGAUGAAUGUUCGCAAAUGCAAUGAAUGUGGGCAGGUUUUACCAGAGAGCUUCGAGCCUCCUGCUGUUGAACCUUGGUCAACUGGGAUAUUUGGUUGUGCUGAAGAUACUGAAAGCUGCUGGACAGGACUUUUUUGCCCAUGUGUUCUGUUUGGACGCAACUAUGAGAAGCUAAGAGAAGACAUGCCUUGGACCACACCAUGUGUUUGUCAUGCAGUUUUUGUUGAGGGUGGCAUGGCACUUGCUGCAGCAACAGCCGCAUUUCAUGGGAUCGAACCCCAAACAUCGGUUCUCAUUUGUGAGGGGUUGCUUUUCACUUGGUGGGUCUGUGGUAUAUACACUGGAAUUGUCAGACAAACAUUACAAAAGAAAUACCAUCUCAAGAACUCACCGUGUGAUCCGUGUUUGGUGCACUGUUGCAUGCAUUGGUGCGCGUUAUGUCAAGAACACAGGGAGAUGAAGGGGCGGCUGUCUGAUAAUGCUGUCAUGCCAAUGACCAUUGUGAAUGCGCCACCUGUUCAAGUGAUGGACACUGAUGGAGAGAAGAAAGAGUCUGCUAAUGGGCAUGAUCAUCGUGCUCAUUUGGAGAUGCAAGCUUUGUGAUGGAUUUUUGGUAAUUGGGUUGGGUGGAGUAGCAAUGGUUAGGAUGUGGUGAUAAAAUGAUUGUUGAUGGAAAAGCUUAGAGUUAAAGUAGUUAAGUAGUCAUAUACUCAUAUAUAUAGUACUUGAAUCUACCUG